GCCGACUAUGUCUCCACCCACUCAAGAAGAAAAAAGUCAAAGCAACCUCCUCAUGUCGACGACAUGUCCAUCAGAGAGAAGUCUCUCGCCACCCCAGAGGCCACAGAAAUGGACCUCAAAGCCGGCGAAGUAAUUGGGGACCUCGACGCUGCUGAGAUCUUCCUGCGUGACAACAAUCUCUCCCACACCUACUUGCACGAACUGCUUCAAGACGAAGCCGCUUGCAAAAAGCUGGUCCGCAAGGUCAACUGGACGCUCAUGCCACUCCUCUGUGGAACUUACAUGCUCCAAUACAUCGACAAGCAAGCAUUGAGUUAUGGCGCCGUGUUUGAUCUGUUCACCUCCACAGGAACGACGUCGGCUGAGUAUGGCUGGUUGACGAGUAUCUUCUACUUUGGAUACUUAGUUUCUGAAUGGCCGAGUAGUUAUUUGGCACAGCAUCUUCCUACCGGGAAGGUGUUGAGUUGUUUUGUCGUUACAUGGGGGUCGGUCUUGAUGUUGACAGCGGCGUGUUCGAGCUUUACUGGUCUGGCUGUCUGCAGAUUUAUUCUUGGCUGCCUCGAGGCUCCUAUCACGCCUUGCUUUAUGCUGAUCGUCGGCAUGUGGUUCACACGAAAAGAACAACCUGCUCGUGCUGGCAUUUUCUACUGCUUCAACGGAGUUGGCAGUAUGGUCGGAGGCAUCCUUUUCUAUGGUGUUGGAGUCAUCUUCUUGCUCUGUGGAGGUUUGACCAUCGUCUGGGGCAUCGUUUUGUUCUUCCUCCUUCCCAGCAACAUCAUGACGGCCAGAUUCUUCUCGAUGAAAGAGAAAGCGCUCCUCAUUGCACGCAGUCAGACGAACCGGACUGGAGUAUACAAUCAGAAGAUCAAGUUCUCACAGGUCAAAGAGGCGUUGCUGGAUCCCCAAAUAUGGAUACUGUUUUUGUUCGUCCUGUGCAAUGAGGGCAUCAAUGGAGGUAAUGGAAUGAUGUUGCUGUUUCUGGGAGCAGAUGCUGACUUAGACNNAGGUUUCGCCAACUUCGGCAAGUUAAUCGUCAAAGGCAUUGCUCAUGGCGAUGCACUCAAGACGACGGCAUAUGGCAUUCCUUCGGGAGCGUUCCAAGUCUUUUUCGUCUUUACUGGACCAUUUUUGGCUUCCAAGUUCAAGAACAUUCGAACAUAUAUCAUGGCACUGUACCUUCUACCAACCAUUGUCGGAACGAGUCUUGUUUGGAAACUGCCAAGAGACAAUUCGAAUGGUCUGUUGGUGUCCUACUANCUUGGUAUGUGCCACGGAGUCAACAUUGGGUUUGCAAAACUGACAAUGACACAGAUCGGAUCCUUUGUCGCAUCCCUCGUGCUGGCGCUGCAAAUGCCUGCCAACAAUGUAGCAGGAUACACCAAGAGAGUGACGUCGACAGCAUUUGUGUUCCUGGCAUAUUGUAUUGGCAACAUCUGCGGACCUCAUGCGUUCCUGGCAGCAGAAGCACCUGUCUACCAAACAGGAUGCAAAUUCAUCAUUGCAUGCGCAGCCAUACAAAUAGUGCUCGUGUUUGCGUUGCGAGCGCUGUUGAUACACCGCAACAAGAAGAGAGAUGCAGAGUUUGGACCGGUGUCUGAGAUUGACACCAGCGAGGAAGCGAUUGAGGAUUUGACAGACUUUGAGAAUCCUCGGUUCAGAUAUUCGUACUGA